AUGCGGAUCGAGUAUAGAAGCGGAAGCGGACUUGAUGUGAGCGAAAGGUCCAAAGAAGAGGAAGAGGAGGAGCAGGAGGAGAGCGUAGACAGCUUGGCGAUGGAACCAGGCCAACCCGGGACACUUCGGAAGCAUAGUAUGUCGAUCCUUCCAGAUUUCCUGGACACACCACGGGUGCAGGAGCAGGGCACGCCACGGAAAAACUGGAGGCAGACUCUCCGAAACCUCAUCCUGCCCUUCAAGGUGCCUGUUCAGGAGCAGCCUCCUCGCGAGGCUAGCAAGGUGAGGGGGCUUCUUCUCAAGAAGCAUGAUGUGGAGAUGAAGGGAAGGCCCGGACGACGUGGUGCGGUCGUCCUCUGUGAGGCGGAUGUCGUGCGGGUUCGGCACAAACGGUUCCCAUUCUGUCAGUGGUCCUGGCCCUUCGCUGAUCCGGGGGGUCGGCCGAGACAGUACUGGGAAAUCUUCGCCUGCACCGUGCUAUUGUUGCAGCUUCUGUACCUCUGCUUCCAGGCUGGCUUCAUUACCUUUGAAGACUACCGGGCCCAAGGUCACUGGGAGCUCAAGGUGAGCUUGCUUGCUGUGGACAUCUUUUGGGUCAUCGAUCUGGGGAUCAACUUUACCACCGGCUACCGAGAUGUCACGCAUGUCCUCCACAGCAGUGCCCGCUCCAAUGCCCGGCGCUACCUCCGGGGCGGCUUCGCCUUAGACCUGCUCGCCACCCUGCCCUCGCUUUUCCUGCACGUGCUCCUGGUGGUCGACCCACACACCUACGGCUUCUGGCCCCUGAGGAUGAUGGGCUUAUCUCCUCUGCUGCGCAGCUUCCGAAUUCGGGGGGCCUACACCUUACUCAAGCGGCUGGAAGCCAACAUGAAGUCUUCGGUGGUUUCUUCCGCAUGGUGGCUCUUCCAGCUCGUCAUGCUUCCACUUGUCUUCUCGCACAUCUCCGCCUGUGCCUUAUGGUCCCUCGGCCACAGCAACCUGGAAGCUGAUGCAGACACCUCCAGCUGGAUUAAGCUGGGCCUGGAUAUCUCCAACGA